UGCGUGGUGAUAAGUGUUGGUGCAAGGAAAAAAAUAGGUAUGUGAAUGGAGAAUUCCUGGAUGCCAAGAUAAAGUUUGAGGCAAAUACUCUUUGGUGAUAGAACCCCAGCAGAUUUAAAAUAACAAAAUAUGCCGCUAAGUGAAACGUGGAAAUAUAGGCUGUUAAACCUUUAAAAUAGGUGAUUGGGAGUUCUAAAACGUCCCUCUUCUCCUAGCAUAUAAAACGAUCACAUGUUUGGAAAAGCCACAAGGGCAGCCUUCUCUUGAACAACCUCAGUGCUUCUUCCCAAUUUGAACAGAAGUGGCAAUUGGUGGAUUAGCUGAAAUGGAUCGCUACAGAUAUUUCAUCUUCAAUCAGAAAAGUAUGGUUUUGUUGGGGCUCCUCCAGAUAGCUUGUGCUACAGUUUGUAUCAUCGGUGGAUUAAUCGAUGGUGCUUUCAGAAGGGACUCGGCACUGAGCAAAUCUAGGAUACCCAUCUGGGCUGGAGUGUUUAUGGCUAUUCCUGGAAUUAUGGCUUUGUUUUCUUCACAGAGAAAGAAUCCCGUUUUGGUGAAUGCAAUGAUAAUUGCUUCUGUAUUUUCCUGCUUCGUCACCCUACUUGUAAUCAUCUACACAUCUAUAACAUUAGAGUAUGGUGAAAAAUAUGAAGAGUUUGACGAUGUGUCCUCUUAUCAUCACCCAGCCAUUGCAUUUGUGCUUAGUAAACUUGUAGAAGGAGCCAACAUCACACUACUGAUUGCAUCGCUUUUCAGCGCUUUUAUUGUGCUGACUAUUGCUUAUUUGAGUUGCCGAAGUCUUCCAUGUUGUUCAUGCUAUGACAGUGUCACUGGACUUGAACGGCUAGAAUCUAAUGAAGACCAGCUACAAAUUGCAGAAUUAGUUUGCAUUCCAUCCGGUCAAGUGGAUACAAUUUUUAACUCUCCUGUAAAACUUUCAGAUUUAGAUAUGGAAGCCGAUGAUGAUAUGCCCAAACCACCUCCGUAUAUCAGGAUGACUUAAAUAUAAAUUCUAGGAGAAUAAGUUUUUUU